AUGGACGAACACCACCACCACCACCAGGCCCCGGCCGGUCAGACGGGUGGAGAUGACGUGCGGCAGUCACAGGUCUUCUCCGGCAGCUACGGCAGUCACGGCGGCUACCCGGCUCCCAGCUCCGGCUCGAUGCCGCACAUGGGCAGCAGCUCUCACGGCGGCGCCGUCGCUGCGCGCCGCCACAGCCGCAGCGACAACGGCGAGCCCGAGGACCUCUUCCCCAACAUCCCGGAGGCCAAGAAACGCAAGUUCAUUCUCGUUGAAGACAAUGUCCGAGGCUCCCGUCUGCGUGUCAGAGUCACGCUCGACGGUGUCGACACCAAGGAGAUACCCGACUCCUUCCGCAAGGGCGCCUCUGUCUUCCCCCGGUCGUACUUCCCGCGCGAGAUGCAGAGCCCGCCGCCGUCGGCCACUGGCUCCAAGUUCUUCCAAGAGGAUGCUGACGAAGAGGACGACGGUGUUGAGGAGACUGACGGCCGCGGCUCUCGCAGGGGCGCUGGCAACAGCAAGUCCAUGGUCAAGGUUCCCAUUGGCGAGAAUACAGAGGGAGAGGUUGCCAUUCCGCGUAUGAGAAAGAGCGUCAGAGGCAAGGAGGUUCGGCUUAACGACCUCGGAUACCGCAUGGCGUGGCUGCAGAGCCGUGUCUUUGCGGGACGGACUGUGUUCCUCCAGAGAGCUCUGGACUGCUACCGCAACAAGACUCGGUCUGCCAUUGAGUCCAUCAUGCAGGAUGUCAAGACGCUGGCACCUCACUAUGAGACGCGCGUUGGCAAGCGGAAGUGGAACGAGAGAAUAAGGAAGGGUGAGGCCGAGGAGUAG